UCGUCUGCUACACCGCUGUUUUAAAUUUCAGCUUUAGCUUUGGAAUGAGUUUGAGGUUACGUUCAUUUGAGUAGUGAUUCAAGUGAAAUAUUAUCAAAGUAAUUUCACUGUUAUUGGAUGUUUCAUGUACUUAUUCUACUAAUAUGAUAAGAAAAGCACAAACCUCGCAAUGAUAUUGUUGACUUACGAAGAGUAGAAUUUUAAGUUAGUUAAUAAAUAGUGUAUGCCUCGUUUAUUAGGAAAGUGCAGGUAAUAAGGCUGUGGUCAUUUAAUUUACACAAAGUGUCAAUAACUCAUUAAUAAUGAGUAAACGACAGUCGGAAGAUAAUAAUAAACUUACUUAUAGUUUAAAACGUUUCAGAGAAAUCCCAAUAUUUGUUGUAGAAGAUCACAAUGAAGUGCUUCCAUUCAUUUAUAAGUGUAUAGGGUCUAAGCAUUUACCCUUAAUGGGAAACACAUUGUUGCACUUUGAUUCUCACCCAGAUAUGUUGAUACCGCAAGGGAUGAAUGCGGAUACUGUGUUUGAUAAAUAUGAACUAUUUAGUGCAUUAAGUAUUGAAAAUUGGAUCCUCCCUGCAGCAUUUGCCGGACACUUUAGCAAAAUAUUAUGGAUAAAACCUUCUUGGGCGCAUCAAUUAUCAGAAGGAAAUCAUAGAUUUAAAAUUGGGAAAGAAAUAAAGAGUAACGAAAUCAAAGUGACUUGCUUAGAAAAUUAUUUUCUUGGAGAUACUUUGUUUUGUAAAGAAGAAAAUCUUAGUGAUAUUAAAGAGAUAGAGCUUGAAGUUUUCACUUUACCGACUGAUGAAGUGAUUGCCGAAACUAAUGAAAUUAACACUGAAAUAAAUGCAGGCGUAAAUCAAAUCAAAACACUGUUUUCAAGAUUUUUGGAUGAAGGAACUCAAUUCAUUUUGGACAUUGAUCUAGAUUUUUUUAGUACUCGAAACCCUUUUAAAGAACUCUAUAAAAAUGCAGAUUUGUAUGAUGAACUGAAACCAAUAUAUCAGUUGUCUAUACCUGAUAAAACCAAUUUGCAAGCAGUUGAAGAGGCUCUUGAAAUCAGAAAAGCUAAAUUAGAACAGUUGUCAUCCGCAUGGUUGUAUGUUGAGGAACAUGGAAAUCUAGAAGGCUUUAGUGGAGAUUUGGUACCGAUUUUUCAGAUUGAAAUGUUAGUAGACAGAAUAAAAAAUUGUUACAACAGUGUCGACUGGGGAAUGAUUCACGAUGCUGGUUGCACUUGGGAUGAUACAGGGCUGCCCGAGCAUGUUUCCAGUAAGGAAGAGAUCACUAAGAUGAUUGAAGGACAUUUUUCAAGCUUCUUACAAUUGUUACCUGGCUCACCAACUAUUGUUACAAUUUCCAGAUCAAGUGAAGAUGACUAUUGUCCACCAGAAGAUGUUGACUGGAUACAAGAAAAAGUUUUAGAAGUGCUUGAACAUAAAUUUGAAACAACUAAUGUAAUCUUAGAUUAUGAAUGUGACUCGUAAGUAUUAUUAAAUCACAUUCUAAAUAGGUCUGUACAGUGGUAUUAAUUAGUGUUAAUAAAAUGUUAUUUAUCUA